ACAGAGGCGAGGCAGCGAGAACUGAUCCUCUAUACCUCAAGCAUGUAUGGCCCCAGCUGACUAAUAUUUAUCAAGGCAUGAGAAGUCCUGAGAUGCCUCUGAGAGGCGGCGCAAUGUAGACAACCUGCGGCAGGUCAUUCCUCCCAACACAAACACACUUUUGACAGGCUUUUGUGAGUGUUGUGGAAAUGACCGGGGGUGGGGCACAUCUUUAAAGUUGUUACAAUGUUACAAAUAUUAUGCCUGAAUGUAUCCUUUUGACUUGACAGCUCAGGGAAGAUACAGUGGUACCUCGGGUUAAGAACUUGAUUCAUUCUGGAGGUCCGUUCUUAACCUGAAACUGUUCUUAACCUGAAGCACCACUUUAGCUAAUGGGGUCUCCCGCUGCCGUCGUGCCGCCGGAGCACGAUUUCUGUUCUCAUCCUGAAGCAAAGUUCUUAACCCAAGGUAAUAUUUCUGGGUUAGCAGAGUCUGUAACCUGAAGCUACUGUAACCUGAAGCGUAUGUAACCCGAGGUACCACUGUACCUAGCUUUAUAAAUUCAUAGAAAAUCCAUACUUUAACCGUCUCUCUUCAUUCCAACGCCAUUUUAACCCUUAAAGAAAGGUGAAUUUGGGCUCCACCUCCCUCCAUGGACCAAGAAGCAGGAAGUCACACAGGCAGCAGGAACAGGGCAUCCUGCCAUAAUUCCCCAAGUGUGAGAGCACAUACAGGGUCCCCCACCCAGGGAGUGACCAAGGGGGCUACACUGGCCAUCAGCACAGGCAGUUGAGCAAGGCAGGUGUUCUGAAAGCCCAUCUCCAGACCAGGUCUGAGGGCAAGGAGAUGUCAGGAGUUUUAUUGUUCUUUCGGUGAUGGUGUUGGGAAAGGUGCCUGAUUAAGGGACCUAAUGUUGAACUUGUGUAACCCUUAUAUACCCCUCCCCAUUUGUGACAUGCUAGUGACAUAGUGAUGAUGUAUCAGUGCUGCUGCUCGAAGUGUAUUCUGGGGGACAGAGGGAAGUUUUGAAAGAGGGUGUCACCCUGUGUUCAGGGUUCUUACUCCUGUGGGGACCCUGUUGCGAAAUGAUAAAGAUCGUGGUCUACUGACCGCUGUUUUGCUCCAAAUUACUUGGCUGGAUAGUGAUGUAUGGAAGUGAGAGCUGGACCAUAAAGAAAGCUGAUCGCCAAAAAUGGAUGCUUUUGAAUUAUGGUGCUGGAGGAGACUCUUGAGAGUCCCAUGGGCUGCAAGAAGAUCAAACCUCUCCAUUCUGAAGGAAAUCAGCCCUGAGUGCUCCCUGGAAGGACAGAUCCUGAAGCUGAGGCUCCAAGACUUUGGCCUCCUCAUGAGAAGAGAAGACUCCCUGGAAAAGACCCUGAUGUUGGGAAAGAUGGAGGGCCCAAGGAGAAGGGGACGACAGAGGAUGAGAUGUUUGGACAGUGUUCUCGAAGCUACCAGCAUGAGUUUGACCAAACUGCGGGAGGCAGUGGAAGACAGGAGUGCCUGGCGUGCUCUGGUCCAGGGGGGUCACGAAGAGUCGGACACGACUAAAUGACUAAACAACAACUUGACCUUAUUUUACUGACUGCAAGGACCUGCAAGGGACUUUCACCCCGAUGAGCUGCGCUGUUGAGUAGGCUCUCACCCCAGAAUUCUUUUCCCUUAACAGAGGUAUUCUGUAUCUGUCUUGGUACUUUACUCCCUCUCCCACCACUGCAGCAAAUCCCCCACCCCCACCAAUUUUGGCUCAGCAUAUCUGAACGAUGUAAGUGCCCCAAAUCGUACCUCUCUGUCCAGUGUGCAAGUUCCUUAAUAAUUAUGACCUGCCAGAAAGACCCAAAGGUGUGUCCCCCCCCCCUGCAAACGUAAUAUCCAUGUAUUUUUUAAUAUAAAAAACCACCCAAUUGUACUGCUGAUGGUCUGGGCCUUUGGUUCUAACCAUUGUUCACGCUUUCUGUUUUCAGCUGCAGAGUAAUGGUGGCAGCCCAGUGCGAGUUACACAAUCAGGCUCCCAGUGUUUGCCAAACUCAUUGUGCCUAAUCGUACCAUGACAGUUCCCUGAGAAGCCAGAAGGAGCAAGCAAGGAAAGAAAGAAAGAGAGAGAGAGAAUCUAUAAAGGACAAAAGGCUGUGAAAAGGCAGGAUUAUCCUUUGGGGAAUCCACCCUGAGCACAACGGGUAAUGCUAAACCUCUCAAAGGGUUGGUCCAAACCAGUUCUUCAUUAUGUCCUUGAAAAAGGAGCCGCUUAAGCAGGUUGCAUAAGAAAAACAUUCCGCGGCUUGGACAAUACGUGCUGCCCAGAUUGUCAUGGGCUUCAGCCAUGUGAGAGCAACAAAAUCCAUGUGUGCAAAGGCUGAAGAUAUCUGGCAAGGGCCAGGGAACUGUUGUGAACAACUUGCCUGGAGGCUGAGGCUGGGAUGUGAGGACAGAAGCUGCUUAGAUUUGGCUCAGUAACAUCGAAACUGGGGAAAGGAACACAGGAGGCCUUAUUCUGAGCCAGACUGGCUCAGUAUUCUCUGGACACACCAGGGAGAAGAGUCGGUGGAGGAAGAUUGGAAGAAAUUCAAAGAUUAUCUACAGAAACACUGCAAAAUUAAAGAAUGUUAGAGUGAUGUUGAAUUGAAAAUAAGUGGUUUCCAGCUGUACAGGAUAAAGUUAUAGAUAGACUAAGAUUAAAGAUUAGGAUUAAAGAAAUUUAAUGAAAUGGAAAUUUGGUAUUUAAGAGGUAAAAUUUUAAUGCUAUAUUAUAUUAAGAUUAAAGAUUGGGAUUAAAAAUGUGGAAAAGAAAUUGCUGGACAAACAAUUUGGACUGGAAUACAAAAGAGGGAGGUAUGAGGAAGUCCAGAAAAUAAGUAAAUUUAAAAACGGAAAUGAAAAGGUGAUAUUAUUUUUAAUUGUUCUGUUUCUUUUUUUCUUGUUCUUUUUUUGUUUUCUGCUUUUUGUGUUUCUUCUUUUUUUGGAUUAUGUAUUGUGUAUUUGUGUAUUUUCCAUGUUUUUUUGUUUAACUUUUUAUUGAAAUCUUAAUAAAAAUCAUUUAUUAAAAAAAAACAAAACAAAUUGGCAGGGGUUCUCCCAGGAUUUCAGGAAGGGGAAAUUAACAGCCCUAUCUGGAGGUGAUGCCAGGUAUAGAACCUGGGACCUUUUGCUCUACCCCUGGGCCACAGCUCUUCCCAAAAGGGAAGAAAGGGCUGUCUCAAAAAUAUCUGUGGCUGGGAAAAAUGGAGAGCACAGUCCAAGACCAAACCCUGGCUCUGGGUGGGGAAAGUGGCAGAUGUUCCAAAAGUCAUAAAUACUCUCAAUCUUUAUUACGGUCCAUUGACCCAACAAAUCAUUACAAAGCAAUACACAAUUCAUAUAGCCUACCUCCAGGUUAAACAAGCAUUUUUUUCAAAAGAUAGGGAUCACUGGUUCUUGCAACUACCAAUAAAAACUUUGCCACUGCUAAUGUUCUAGCGUUUGUCCGGUCUUCGAAUAGGAACUUGACAUAUUGAGCCUCUGAUUGCCCGAUUCCUCAGUAGCAAACUGACAACCUUUCUAAAUGAACAUAAUAUACUAUCUGAAGCCCAGGCAGCCUUUCGUGAGAACCAUUCAACAUCAGACCACUGUCUAAUGCUGUCCUUCCUAGCUGAGAAGUAUACCAGAAGUAUACAGGGUAAACUCUUUGUGGCCUUCAUGGAUCUGAAAUCAGUGUUUGAUUCCAUCCCCAAAUCCCAGCUAUGGUCCAAAUUAAAUCUGAUUUUGCAGGACAAAUGACUCCUCUUUCUUAUAAAAGACCUGUACAAUGGAACGAAACUGCAGAUCCGAUGCGGUCGGCAGCGACAGUUAUUGAACAGCAUCGAGAUGACUGGGGGGGGGGUGAGACAGGGAUGCAUUUUGGCCCCCACAUGGUUUUUUCUCUUCUUAAAUGACCUAGAAGAGAGCUUAAUGGACCCAGAUGGACACCUUCCAAAAAUAGGAAUGAGAAGGAUCCCCUUGUUGUUAAAUGCGGAUGACGCAGCCAUCAUCUCACAUUCCAGACCAGGUUUGAAAUAUAUGCUGAGGAAGUUUUCUGAUUACUGUUCUGGAAAUGGUUUAUCCAUUAAUUAUGAAAAAUCUAAAAUUUUAGUAUUCAAAAUCAUAAAUAGUACUAGCAAAUCCUGUCAGUAUCCUCAUUGGAUACUGCUGGCUUUUGCCAAUUAGAAAUUAAUUUAGGUUCGGCCUGAGCAGGAGAUUUGAAAAGGCUGAAACCAGAAAAGGCAGAGCCUCUGAAAUUUGGUGAUGAGGCUAUCUGGUCCAGAGUGAGCCAGUUCCUUUCUGAACCUCAAUUAAAGUGGAGUUCUUUGGCUAUUGGGGAGUGGUCAGUUCUACAGAUAUAGGAGAGGAUCUUGUCAAUGGUUCACAUAAGCCUCAUUUUGAUAAACCUUGGGCUCAUCCACACUUAACCUGUUGCCCAGUGCUUUCUCCACACAGGUCCGUGCUUUCCCAGUCAAUGUCCAAGCACAUUUUUACGCCCAGGAUGCAGCAAGGGGAAGUUUGGACGAGCCCUUAGAAGUGUAAGGCAGGCGAUAAAGAAUAGCCCUGAACAUAAGUUUACUUUGAAGCCAGUUUUCCAUCUUCCUACAGGCAGAAGUGUUAGCUGACCUCAGGAAAUAACAGAAAAACCCAGGAUUUUGGUGUAGCAGCGACAGAAGAGUUUAGAAUCAGCCCUGAAACAAAAGGUAGCAACAAGUUCCCAGGUCUUAUUACAUGGGAUUGGGGUGCUGAUUUACUUAUUUUCGGUUUGCAGACAUUUUUUAAAUGACACUGCGGAUGCAAAUAGCAAUCUGGAUAUCUGGCAUACCCAGAAUGCAGGCACUGUUUGUGUGUGUGUGUGUGUGUGUGUGUGUGUGUGUGUGUGUGUGUUUCUUAGAGAUCUGACUUAUAAAGUAACCCAGUGUUGCUAUAAACCCAUAUUAUGGUAGGUGGGGGUGAUUACAUCAUAGUUGUUAUUUCAAUUUAUUUCUUGCCCAGGGCAGCAAGCACAUCAAUAAUUUCUUUUAAGCAUUCUAAAAACAAUCCCCGCGACGGGGUGAGCUCCCGUUGUUCGGUCCCAGCUCCUGCCCACCUAGCAGUUCGAAAGCACUCUUAAGUGCAAGUAGAUAAAUAGGUACCACUCUGGCGGGAAGGUAAACGGCGUUUCCGUGUGCUGCUCUGGCUCGCCAGAAGUGGCUUCGUCAUGCUGGCCACAUGACCCGGAAGCUGUACGCCGGCUCCCUCGGCCAAUAAAGCGAGCUUCCUUCCAAUUUGACCAAGACAUCUCUCUGCUGUGCGCUUCGUGCUAGGGCUGGGCAGCUGUUUGGCCUUGGAGCCAAAUCUGCUAUGAUUCUGAUGGCUCCAACCCUGAGAGGCAUGUCUCCAACCCUGAGAGGCAUGUCAACACUCCCAUCAUCCCUGACCACUCAUCCCACUGUUACGACAUGAAUGCAACGCAGCUGCAAACCAACUCGAUGAAAACAUCACAUGAUGGGGCUGACUGUGGGAAACAAUGUUACAGUCAGUUCACAGGGCGAUUCACCGGAAUUUGCUCAGUGUGUAAUAUGAGACCUUCCUCUUGCGUAUGUACAGGAAGUCUUUGUCACUUGCUUGCUGAAGUCUGAAGUGAUCAGACAUGUUUUCUGUAGUGCUGCAAAGUCAGAAAUAAAGAGAUGUAAAUAGAUUUCUGACUAUCUCCUUUCCCUGCUAGGGGAGCAAGGAGGGAGGGGGUGUGCAUUUUCCCAUGCUGGGAGAUGUCGCCUAUUGAGACCUAUCCUGGACUUGCGGGGAUUGCAGCCAGGGAGGUCACCGGUAAACAAGCCGGGAGCCUGGGAGAGGGGCCAGACUCUCCCGAAGAGGCUUGUUUUCCAACACCCACUAGCUAGGGAUGAUGGGAGUUGUAGUCCAACAACAACCGGGGACUCGGGACUUCCGGAGGUGGCGCCAACAGUAAUGGCGGAUUCCCUCUAACUCGGAGGGAACCCGCUCCACAGAAACAGGGUCGGUACCGCUUCGGUGCAGCGGGGACCCCUGAAAUCACAGGCGGGUGAAGCCUGUGAACCUGGGACUCGGCGGGCACUGUUUGCGCCCCCCCCAAUCCGCGAAGGAACCCGGCAACGGGCUCCGGAACGGAACGGGGAAGCGGCGCUGUGCUGUGAGUCGUCUGCUUCUUCUGUGGAGUGAAGCCGCGUAGCUGUUGCCAGAGAGCGCUGCCUUUCUUCCUUGACAAUUUGGCUUUGAAAACAACGAUCCGUGAGUAGGAUUACUACGUAAUUUAAGGAACUGUACAAAAUUUGAAAGAAAUUGGCCGAAGCGGAGAGGUAUAAAGGGGAAGACCUUGUUGCUUGUAACGAGUCUAACUUCUCUUUUCCAUCUGCCAUACCCCUCUAGAUAGAACUCAAGGUCAGUCACACGGUUAGAUUCAAAGUUGUUUUGAAAUGGAAAGUUCCAGGAAGACAGUGUGAGAAAUUCCACAGGCCAGCUGCAAUUGUAACUAGUUGUAACAAGUUCCAAAUUCCACUAGGGGGACACUGUAACAGUCAUAAAGUUCUUAAAACAAUUUGCUUCUUCCUUAAGUCCCCCAAUUUACUAGAAAGAUAACAAUCUAUACAACAGUCAAAAGUCGAGAUAUUUAAGGACAUUCCGAAACACCUUCUGGAUCUCAGGUCUAACUACAAAGACCUGGUUACCCUGUUGAGAAGUAACAGAAUUAACUUUAGGUGGGAAUUUCCUCAAGGCCUAUCCUUUAGUUACAAAGGAAAGAAGAGGAAAAUAAGAUCGGAAGACGACAAAGACAAAUUUUGGAGAGACCACGGAGAAGACCUACAGAAGAAAGCUACAGGAGAUUUAAGAGCAAUUGUAAGAGAAACUUUAGACACACCAGGACUAUCUCUGGAACUAAAAGACCGCCUGAAAAACGUGAUACCACCGACGGAACAGGAACAGGCACUGGGUGCUGUUGGAGGAGAACCAAAAUAACUACAUCAUGGCCCUGCAACUACUAAGCUGGAAUUGUAAUGGCCUCAAUUCCCCGCAGAAAAGGAAAUCUGUGUUUCAUUUAUUAAAAAAGGAACAAUUGGACUUGAUUUGUUUACAAGAAACACAUAUAACAAGAUUACACAGGAAAUUAUUGAUAAAUAAAAGACUUGGUCAGGAGUUCAUUUCAUCGGAUAAAGUUAAAAAAAGAGGAGUUGUGAUUUAUGCAAAGGACAGAUUAUCACCGAAAUUUAUUUUUAAAGAUGACCAAGGAAGAUUUGUGGCAAUUGAAAUUCAAACACAAGGAGAAAAAUUUUUGAUAGUAGGAAUCUACGCACCAAAUGAAGGGAAAUCUGAUUUUUUUAAGAAGUUGCAUGAGACUUUGAUGGACUAUUUGGAUUAUAACAUAAUUUUGAUGGGAGACAUGAAUGGAGUGGUAUCUACACAUAUGGACAAGGCACAAAGACAGGUAGUCACUAAGGAUGGUAGACUACCGAAAACCUUUUUUGAGAUGACAGACAACUUGGACUUAGUUGAUAUCUGGAGAACAAGAAACCCCAUGGCUAAAGAGGGAACCUUCUUUUCUGAAGCCAAAAUGACAUGGACAAGAAUUGACCAAAUAUGGAUAACUAGAGGAAUGGCACCAAAGACAAGAAAGGUGGAAAUCUGCCCGAAAACUUGCUCCGACCAUAAUGCUGUCAAGAUGGAAAUGAAACUAACACCAACUGGCUCCUUUAGAUGGAGGAUGAAUGACACCUUAUUUAGAGAUGAAGAAGUGCUUAAGAAGGCCCAAAAAACCUUGAGAAACUAUUUUGAGAUAAACUUGAGCACCAAUGUGGAAAAAAGAGUAAUCUGGGACGCAAGUAAAGCGGUUAUGAGAGGGUUCCUGAUACAACAGAAUGCAGUAAAGAAGAGAAUUCAAAAUGAGAAGAAGGAUAAGAUAUUGGAGAAAAUAAAGGAAAGUGAAAAAAGAUUGAGAACAAAUCCAAAAUCUCAAGAGAUUUUGAGAGAAUUAAAGUUACAUCAAGUACAAUAUAUGAAAAUGAUGAAUCAAGAAAUAAAAUGGAAAAUUAAACAAAUGAGACAAAAGACAUUUGAAUCGGCUAACAAAUGUGGGAAACUGUUGGCUUGGCAAAUGAAAAAAAGACAAAAAUUAAAUACAGUCACGAAUUUAGAAGUGGAAGGAAGGAAUAUACAGAACCCAGCUGAGAUUAGAAAUUGCUUCCAGAGGUACUUUAAACAACUAUAUACACAAGGGCCACUGAAAGAAACUGAUCUUGAUCAAUUUUUGAAAACAAAUGGAUUACAAAAAAUCUCUCAAGAAAAUAAACUAAUGUUGAAUUAUAAAAUAACUGAACAGGAGAUAGAAGGUGCCAUUCAAAAUAUGCAAUUGGGUAAGUCUCCAGGACCGGAUGGACUGACUUCUAGAUAUUACAGAUCCUUGAAAGAAUGGUUAAUACAACCUUUGAAAGAGGUCGGUAAUGAAAUAAUGGAGGGGAAAAGAGUACCAGAGUCGUGGAAAGAAGCAUAUAUUACACUUGUACCGAAAACAGAGACUGAAAAGACACAGCUUAAGAACUACUGCCCCAUAUCAUUACUCAAUGUGGAUUACAAAAUUUUUGCAGACAUUUUGGCUAAGAGAUUUAAAAAAGUAUUGAUCGAAGAGAUUCAUAAAGAUCAAGCGGGCUUUCUCCCAGGAAGACAUUUGUCUGACAAUUUGAGGAAUAUAAUUGAUAUUUUGGAAAAACUAGAAGUGAAUAUAAAUACUAAAGCAGUUUUGAUAUUUGUGGACGCGGAGAAAGCUUUUGACAAUAUUUCUUGGAGCUUUAUGAAGAAGAACCUACAGGGUAUGGGGGUAGGCCAAGGCUUUGAAAAUGGUAUAAGUGCAAUUUAUUCAGAACAAAAGGCUAAAUUAAUUGUAAAUAAUGUGGUGACGGAAGAACUUAAAAUAGAAAAAGGGACACGACAAGGUUGCCCAAUUUCCCCACUACUUUUUAUUUCGGUCCUGGAGGUUUUGCUGAACAUGAUUAGAAGGGACCAGUUGGUUAAAGGUAUACAGGUCGGAGCUAAACAGUACAAAUUGAGAGCAUUUGCAGAUGAUUUAGUACUGACGUUACAGGAGCCAGAAUCUAGUACCAAAAGGGUUUUAGAACUGAUUCAAGAAUUUGGUCAGGUUGCAGGAUUUAAAUUGAACAAGUUAAAAACUAAGGUUUUAGAGAAAAAUCUAACACCAAUGGAGAGAGAGAGGUUUCAGAAUGUGACAGGUUUAACAGUGGUUAAGAAAGUUAAAUACCUGGGGAUUAACAUGACAGCAAAAAAUGGGAAUUUAUUUAAAGAUAACUAUGAAAAAAUGUUGGGCUGAAGUGAAGAAAGAUCUAGAAAUUUGGUCAAAUUUGAAGCUUUCACUGCUGGGCCGUAUUGCUGCGGUUAAAAUGAAUGUAUUGCCUAGAAUGUUGUUUUUGUUUCAAACAUUGCAAAUUGUGGACAAAAUGGAUUGUUUCAAGAGGUGGCAGAAAGAUAUUUCUAGAUUUGUCUGGCAGGGCAAGAAGCCCAGAAUAAAAUUUAAAAUACUAACAGAUGCAAAGGAAAGAGGUGGAUUUGCCCUGCCAGACCUUAAACUUUAUUAUGAAUCAGCAGCCUUUUGCUGGUUGAAAGAAUGGCUGCUUCUUGAAAACACUGACAUUUUGGACCUAGAAGGUUUUAACAAUGUAUUUGGAUGGCAUGCAUAUCUGUGGUAUGAUAAGGUCAAAGCACAUAAAGCAUUUAAAAAUCAUAUUGUCAGGAAAGCACUGUUUAAUGUUUGGAUAAGAUACAAGGAGUUAUUGGAAAACAAAACUCCAAGGUGGCUGUCACCAAUGGAAGCGAAAGCCUUGAAAAAGCUCAAUAUGGAGGUCAAAUGGCCGAAAUAUUGGGAAAUUUUGGAACAAGAUGGAGAUAGACUGAAAUUGCAGGGUUUUGAAAAAUUAAAAAACAAAGUGCGAGACUGGCUUCAUUAUUUUCAGAUAAUGGAGGCAUUCAAUUCGGACAAGAAAAUUGGCUUCCAGGUGGAAAAAUCAAAAUUAGAAACUGAACUGUUAGAACCCAAAACUAAGAAUUUGUCAAGAAUGUAUAACUUGCUGCUGAAAUGGAACACUCAGGAUGAAACGGUAAAAUUGGCUAUGAUUAAACGGGCACAAGACGUUGGACACAACAUUAUGUUCGCUGACUGGGAACAGUUAUGGACCACAGGUAUGAAAUUUACGGCAUGUAAUGCCCUAAGAGAGAAUAUUAUGAAAAUGAUAUACAGGUGGUACAUAACUCCAGUCAAGCUUGCAAAAAUCUACCAUUUGCCUGAUAAUAAAUGUUGGAAAUGUAAAGAAACUGAAGGUACAUUUUUUCACCUUUGGUGGACGUGCCCAAAGAUUAAGGCUUUCUGGGAGAUGAUAUAUAAUGAAUUAAAAAAGGUAUUUAAAUAUACCUUCUUGAAGAAACCAGAGGCCUUUCUCCUGGGCAUAGUCGGCCAAUCGGUGUUAAAAAGGAUAGAACUUUCUUUAUGUAUGCCACAACAGCAGCAAGAAUACUCAUCGCAAAGUAUUGGAAGACACAAGAGCUACCCACACUGGAGGAAUGGCAGAUGAAAUUGAUGGACUAUAUGGAAUUGGCGGAAAUGACUGGCAGAAUCCGUGACCAGGGAGAAGAGUCGGUGGAAGAAGAUUGGAAGAAAUUCAAAGACUAUUUACAGAAAUAUUGCAAAAUUAAAGAAUGUUAGAGUGAUGUUGGAUUGAAAUUAAGUGGCUUCUAGCUGUACAGGCUUUAAAGUUAAAGAUAGAUUAAGAUUAAGCAUUAGGACUAAAAAAGUUAAAAGAAAUGGAAAAUUGAUUUUUAAUAGAUUAAAAUUCAAUGUUAUAUUAUAUUAAGAUUAAGGAUGGGAUUAAAAAGGAGGAAAAGGAAUUGCUGGACAAACAAAUUAAAUCGGAAUACAAAAGAGGGAGGUAUGAGGAGGUCCGGGAAAAACGUAAAUGUAAAAGUUGUGAUGAAAAGACGGAAUUGUUUUUAACUGUUUUUUCUUUUUUCUUUUUGUAUUUUGCAUGGUGUUUUUUUUUCUUUUUCUUUUUAAAUUUCUUUUUUAUUAAGAUGUUUUUUCAUGUGAAAUUCCAAUAAAUAUCAUUUAAAAAAACAACAACAACAACAACCGGGGACUCGGGUUUGAGAAAUAUUGGUGUACUCUGAGGGUCAGUGGCUGUCCAGGGUUUUAGCCUUUCCCAUCUUGGCCCUACCUGGAGAUGCCAGGGAUGGAACCCAAGGCCUUCUGCAUGCCAAGCAGGUGCUCCAAAUAACAGGGGAAGAGCCCACCGCUCCUUCGCAUGGAGAAGGUCUCAGGUUCAGUCCUGGGCAAUAAAUCCUCUGCUUGAAACCGUGGAGAGCUGCUGCUGCCAGCCAGUGUAGCCAACACUGAACUAGAUGGACCAAUGAUCUGCCUCCAUAGAGGGCAGCACCUUAUAAUCUUAUGGUCUACUCUGUAGGUCACUGGGACUUGAGGGCCUGUCUCCCUACAUGUCCUCAAUCUGCAAUUCCCAGUGCAAUCCCAGGCAAGCGGGAAACGACCAAAGAGGCAGAAGUCACAGCAAUGGGCAAAAAGGACAACUCGGCCAACUCCAGCCAGCAAUGUUGAGCAGGUAAGCAGUUGAUAGGUUGGGAACACUGGGAAACGAAUCCCUGGAUCUUUGUGGCUUCGCUGCCUUGGGCUGCAACCGAGAAAGGAAUGGUUGGAGAUCCUGAAGCUGUAAGGAAUGCACUUCUGAGCAUGUGCAGAGUGCUUUCUUUGGGUAACACUGGACAACCGCCAGCCACUUCCACCCCUCUGGAUUUAGGAGGCCCAUUGAGCUUGUGCUUCCUACCAGACUUUAGCCCUGGUGGCAUCUCCUUGCAAUAAUAAUAAUAAUAAAUAUUUUUAUUUAUACCCCGCCCUCCCCAGCCAGAGCCAGGCUCAGGGAGGCUAACACCAGUAAAAUUACAGUAAAAACAUAAUAGGAAAAGAAAAAAAAACUAUUUAAAAUACAGGUUAAAAUGCAGCUCUGUCUUGCAGGCCCUGCGGAAAGAUGUCAAGUCCCGUAGGGCCCUGGUCUCUUGUGACAGAGCGUUCCACCAAGUCGGGGCCAGUACUGAAAAGGCCCUGGCCCUAGUUGAGACCAGUCUAACCACCUUGCGAUUUGGAACCUCCAAAAUGUUGCCAUUUGUGGACCUUAAGGUCCUCCAUUGGAACAUACGGUAAUACAGUGGUGCCUUGGUCCCGUUACCUAAGUCCAUAAAGAAUGCUGUAUUAUUUUACUGUUGUUAGCCACUCUGAGCCCGGCUUUGGCUGGGAGGGCGGAAUAUAAAUAAAAUAUUAUUAUUAUUAUUCAAAGAAGUGUCCCAACAAGCAGAUUUACGAAUCUGAACCAUUUGCUUCUCCUUCCAGAUCCAGCCUACAAGAGCCUUCAAUCAUCUCCUGCCUCGGAACCCAGAAGCCCCCCAGACUCCCCGCCAUAUGGAACAGGACGGUGAUGAUCCUCAGCGCCAUCUUGCUGCUGCUGCUGCUGUUCCUGGCCAGCCCCUUUCCUCUGUACCCGUCGGAGCUCUCCUGCCUCCAGCAAAACCGCUACGCCAGAUCCUUCCACCUCAUGCUCACGUACAGUGGGCCACCACCCACAUAG